GGCAUGCAGACGACGAUUUGCAAGCGCCCACUAGCAAGUGGAAAAAGUAUGAGGAUAAGCGCCCCCCUCGUAAAUUUGUUGAAUCGUGGAAGACAGGCAGACCAUGGUUGUCAUUUAGUCCAGAAACUGGUAAAAUGACAUGCAAGGUCUGUCUGGAUUAUUAUGGGGUGGGUGGGGGAUCGAACCAUUUUAACUUAAAAAAUAUGAACACAUUUGUUACAGGUAGUACAAAUCUUAAAAUUUCAACAGUGAAUGACCAUGAAAAGUGUACAGCCCAUGUCAAAGCAGCAGCUGUGAAUAGAGCAAAGCAAAGUACUCCUGCUGAUGUGGUUGCAUCUCAGUCUGGACGAGCUUUACUUGCACUUAAACAAGCUGAGAGGUCAAGGUUGCAAUAUCUGUUUAAGAAUGCCCAUGCUAUUGCUAAACAAGGCAGACCAAUCAGUGACUACACUUGGCAAUGUAAACUUGACAAGGCAAAAGGUUUGGAUAUUGGCAACACAUAUUUGUGUGCAAAAUCUGCUGCAGAUUUUAUCUUUUUCAUUGCAGGUUCAGCCAGGUCAAAAACAGUGCAGAUGAUAAAACAGGCUAACUUUUUUUCCUUCAUCAUGGAUGGCUCAACUGAUAUAAGUGGGACUGAACAGGAAUCUGUAUAUGUGAGAGUAUCGACAAAUGGCUGUGUGAAGGAGACAUUUUUACAUUUAGGCUCCCCUAUGAGUACAUCGUCUGCUGACCUGUACCAAUUUAUCAACACACUCUUCAAUAGUCUAGGAAUCCCAAAAGACAAACUCAUUGGAAUGGGAUCAGAUGGAGCAUCAAAUAUGACAGGUUGUCGCUCAGGAUUAGCAACACUUCUUCGAAAUGACUGUGAGGAUUUUGUGAAUAUUCAUUGCCUCUGCCAUCGGCUUGAACUUGCUUUUCGAGAUGUAGUGAAGAAGGUGAAGGUGUAUGACAAGCUUAUGACAUUGCUUAUAGGACUUCACUAUUUCUAUAAAAAGUCUCACAAAAAUAAAACUGGUCUAUUAAAUGCAUUCAAAGCUCUUGCCAUCAAAGGAAUCCUGCCUCCCAAAGUAACUGGCACAAGGUGGUUACCACAUCUUAACAAUGACCUUGAAUGCUUGGAGAGGUCAUAUGCUGGAUUUGAUGCGCACCUAGCAACAGCUAGCCACACAAAUGCCAAGGCAGAGGGAUUGCUAAGAAUACUCAGAGACAUAAAUGUAGUAACAUAUGCUCUAUUUCUAAAGGAAGUGAUAGCUCCAUUGAUGCAAUUGUCCAAGAAACUCCAGAGGAAGGACAUUACUCUAGCUGACAGCAUGGUGUGGAUUCAAACAACAGCUGAGAUGGUAGAUGAUUUGAAAGCUAGGAAACUACCAAAGGUUGAUGAAGUCUUGGAAACUAAGGCCCUCUCUGGGGUUGAACUCCGAGGAAAAAUACCCAUAAUGGCCUACAAGGAUACCCAUAUCGAUAAUAUAGUGGAAGCCAUGCAGACCAGGUUCCAAUUGGAUGACAUAACCUCACCUAUAGUGCAGGCAACAAAAGUCCUAAACUUUAGUAAAUGGCCCAUGAUUAGGAAUGAGAAGGAGAAGCUUGCAGAUUAUGGAAAUGAAGAGAUUCAGUUUCUGGCUGGUAAAUACAACAAGAGACUGUUGGUAGUAGAUCCUACCUUCAAUGAGCAUGAUGUUUUGUCACAGUGGCAGAGGGUCAAAUUGUUAGCAAAAAGACUGUUUACAGACAACCAGAGGACCCAACCACUGACUUGGGAAGAUGUAUAUGAUGAGGAAUGCAAGAAUGUUUUCCUCAUCAUAGACAUCUUAUUAAGCCUCCCACCUACAAGUGUUUCAUGUGAGACGUCCUUUUCUCAAAUGAAGCUUGUAAAGACAAGUAGAAGAGUAAAGCUGGGUCAAGGGACACUGGACAAUUUGCUGCAAAUCAAGCUUGUAACACCGACCAUAAGUAGCUAUGACCCAGAGGAGUCAAUUGAUCAGUGGCUGACUGCCUCUAUCAAACCUCGUGGAGGGAGAAGAAUGAACUAUUGUAGGUCCAAAAAUGUCAGCAUGAUAAGUGAUGAAACAGUGGAACAUGUUGAGGAUGAGGAAACAAGUACAGCACAUACCACCACUAACGAGCCAGAGCCUGGGUUGAUGAUAGAUGAGGAUGAUGAAGAUGAAGCUGAGGACGAUGACAUACACCUUUUAAAUAAAUAUGACACUGACAGUGAUUAUUGCAGCGACUUUCAGGCUGAGGACUUUAACAUUGAAAGAAUAAUGUGCUUCUCCAAACAAUAUGAUUUAGAUUAACAUGAUAACAUGAUAAUAAAAACACUGUGUCUGUA